UUGACUACCGCUACGUACGGGAUGAGAGCGUGUUAUAUAUAAAUGUGAAGUAGGAAUAUGAGCAAUUUUAGCAUUUUGUUGAACUUAUGUAUCACAGUUUAAAGUUAAGAAAAAACAAUUAGGCACAAAUGUUUUGUUUUCGUGUAAAUAUAACAUUUUAAUUAAUUGGCACUUUAUACGAAGCCAAUAAAAAUGACAUAAGAUUCAGUGUUGCCAUGGCCUUUUGCCAAUUGUUCCUAUGUGGGUAGAUAUCAAUAUCAAAAGGUGGUGGAAAGUGCUAUACAGUAAAAAAGUUAUAAAACAUCGUUUGGUUAACGUUCCUAAUUACGUUUAUAAAAAUAAUAAAUUUAUUCAGUCGCCUAAUGGGCGAUAAAUUGAAAGAAAUUGACGUAAAUAACGUUACGUGGAAAACUAUAAGAGAAGACGGCCUUGACCUGGAUUAUGCUAAAGUAAUACCAAGACCAAUAGCAAAUAUUUUAUAUAGAGAACUCGAAGAUACUUUAGAAUAUUUUACUGGUGAUUUAUCAAAAAUUAAAGUAUUUGGAAAAAUUUAUCCUUUACCCAGACAACAAGUAGCAUACGGCGAUCCCGGCAUAACGUAUACCUACUCAGGAAUCACUGUGCCGGCUUUACCUUGGCCCAUGCCCGUCUUAGCGAUAAGGGAUUUGCUUUUUAAAUUAAAGGGGAUACUCUACGACUUCGUCCUAGUAAACAAAUAUAGAAAUGGGAACGACCAUAUGGGCGAGCACAGAGACAAUGAACCGGAGUUAGAUCCCAAGUGCCCGAUAGCGUCAGUGUCACUUGGACAAGAGAGACCGUUUGUGUUGAAGCACAAGGAUGCUAGGAAGCCAGGACCUACGAGGAAACAAAUACCACAAGUGAAGAUCAACUUAGAAGAUGGUAGUAUUCUUUUGAUGAAUCCCCCAACAAAUGAAGUCUGGUACCACAGCUUGCCUAUAAGGAAGAAACUGCCUGGUGCAAGAAUUAAUCUUACUUUUAGAAAAAUGCGCGGAAAAUUGUAACAGCUUUAGUAAAUUAUUAUUAUGUUAAAGAA